AUGUCGUCUGAAAGUGGACUUUCGUCUCUCGACAAAGUUGAGAAAUGGGACGUAGAACAACUCAUCAGGUAUCUUAACAAACAUUUGAGCAGAAAUUUAAGCAGUCAGAAUGAGAAUAUACUGAAAGAAAACGACAUCGGGGGCUCUGCUAUUCUUGAUAUGUCGGAAGACCGUCUUGUCAGUUUGGGGUUCACGGUCGGUGCUGCUAUACAUGUGUCGAAGGUUAUUAAGAGACUAAACGCACGGCUUGUUGUCGUUACUGGCUCUUUGGACGAUUGCUGGACGCUAGUACAAAGAAAAGUCAAGACGGAAUUUCUUGAUUUGCUUGAAGACGUUGAUGAGUGUGAAAUCGCUAUAAAACCAAGUUCAUACAACCAAGUAAUAAAAGAUAAAGAUGCAUUUGAAAUCUUUCUUGAGACCGUUCCCAAGCAUAAAGGGGUUAGAAACAUCAAUUUUACUGUCGAAACUACACAAAUAAAUUUCUCCAAGUAUAAGAAAAUAACUGAUCUUGUGGAUAUCUUCGGUGCAAGUAUAAAAGACUUGACUACAAUUGACGAUUUACCCCAACUGAAAUUCCCUACAAAAACUGCUGAUAUGUCUCAGUUACAAAGUAUAAUCGAGGCUAUAGUGACGCGUCUGAAGACCAAUUUAAGAAAACGAAAGUUGAACGAUCUUGAUGGAUACGAUUAUGUUUACGGAAUUGUAUCUACAGGUGACCAAUGGAUCUUUACGGUUGUAAGUUCCGAUAAUGAGUUUGGAGCAGCAAAUAAGAGGACAAAGAGGCUAAGUGUUUCUGACUAUGAUGUUGGUGGUGAUAAGCUGAAAGAGGAUGUAGAAACUCUAGUUGUUACAAUUAUUGGCAUCACAAAAUUGCAAGUAUUAUGGAUCAACCCCAGUCAAAGAGACAGCGACUUGAGAAAAUUCUGUCUUCUUGAUGAUAGGUAA